CGGCCGGACUUCAGAGACCUCGGCUGAGAAGCGGCUCCCGCUUCCGCGGAUCUGCGGUGGAGGGUCCCGAGCGGGCCCCGCUUCAGGGGUGAAGACGACAGCGACGGCCCUGCGGGCUGGAAGGACCCAGGAGGCUGGGCUGCAACUUUGGGAUGCCUUGGGAGCCCAGUCCACCAGGAGGAAAAUGCGUCCUGUGUUGGGGUCCUGACACCUGCAGAUGGGGCUUUGCCAUGAUUUCUUCUGGAUGUUUCUGUAAGGAGAUUGUUUCUGUAGAGAAAUGCCACUUCAGCAUCAUAUACACAGUCAUAAAAUUCAUAUCAAGAAAUGGGACCAGCCAGUCUUCCCUGGAACCUGAGGCAAAGAGGAAAAAGUCACACCCUAGGAAUGCAGUGGUGUCCUUUGAAAGAAGAGGAUGCCAUUCCCCGUGUGAGGGCAAUGGAAGCUCAUGGGGGACGACCACCGGAUCCAGAGGGAGAGCGACCAGGAGAGGAUACCAGCGUGAGACAGCGGAGCGGUCGGCCUCCUGAUGUUGGCGGUGCUGAAUGUGUAGAUAACACAGAUGGCAAAUUGCUAAGACAACUGCAAGCUCAAGAAAAAGCCCAACAAGCAGCACAAAUAAAGCUUUUGAGAAAACUCCAAAAGCAGGAACAGGCUCACAUUGCCAAAGAAGCUAAAAAACAACAAGCAAUAAUGGCUGCUGAGGAGAAGCGACAGCAAAAAGAGCAGAUAAAGAUUAUGAAACAACAGAGAAUUAAGAGAAUACAACAAAUGAGAAUGGAAAAAGGUCUUCGAGCCCAGCAAAUUCUGGAGGCUAAGAGGAUAAAGAAGGAAGAAGCUGCAAAAGCCAAAUUAUUGGAGGCUGAGAAACGAAAACAGGAAAAAGAACGGUCGAAGCAAGAAAAACGUGAUGAGAAACGAUUAAAGAAAGAGCUUAAACUAGAGCAACGAAGAUUAGAAUUAGAAAUUGCAAAAGAACUAAAGAAGCCUAAUGAAGACAUGUGCUUAGCAGACCAAAAGCCUUUGCCAGAGUUGCCUCGUAUUCCAGGACUUGUCCUCUCUGGAAGUACAUUUUCAAACUGUCUCAUUGUGGUGCAGUUCUUACGAGUCUUCGGUAAAGCUUUAGGCUUUAAUGGGAAUACUGAUGUUCCAGACCUGAGUAUUCUUCAAGAGGGAUUGCUGAAUCUAGGGGACAGCAUGGCUGAGGUACAAGACCUGCUUGUGAGGCUCCUGUCAGCUGCUGUGUGUGAUCCAGGUCUAAUUACAGGAUACAAGGCCGAAACAGCUCUUGGAGAACAUUUGCUGAAUGUUGGUAUGAAUCGAGACAAUGUUUCCGAGAUCUUGCAGAUCUUUAUGGAGGCCCGUUGUGGACAGACUGAGCUCACCGAAAGCCUGAGGACCAAGGCUUUCCAGGCCCACACUCCGGCCCAGAAAGCCUCGGCGCUGGCCUUCCUGAUCAGUGAGCUGGCGUGCAGCAGGAGGGUGGUGAGUGAAAUUGACAAGAACACUGAUUAUAUGUCAAACUUGAGGAGAGAUAAAUGGAUGGUAGAAGGUAAACUCAGCAAGCUCCGAAUCAUUUAUGCUAAGAAAGCAGGCAAGAGAGACACUUCAGGUGGCAUCGAUCUUGGAGAAGAGCAGCACGCGUCGGCCACCCCCACAGCAGGAUACAAGCGAAGAAGGAAGGGCGGCGACAGUGACGCUGAUGGCAACGAGGAGGAGGAGGAGGAGGAGGAAGACAAGGAAGACAGAAAAGGAAAGAAAACUGAUGUCUGUGAAGAUGAGGAUGAAGGUGACCAAGCAGCAAGUGUUGAAGAGCUAGAAAGACAGAUUGAAAAGCUGAGUAAACAACAGAGUCAGUACAGAAGGGAGCUCUUCGAUGCGUCUCACUCUUUACGUUCAGUGAUGUUUGGCCAGGAUCGUUACAGACGUCGGUAUUGGAUUUUUCCCCAGUGUGGGGGGAUUUUUGUAGAAGGCAUGGAGAGCGCUGCAGGGCUGAAAGAAAUUGCAAAAGAAAGAAAAAAACGAAAAAAAGCAGAAAGCAUCCAGACCAAAGAAAUAUUUGAUACUUCUGACGACACUUUAAAUUGUUCAAAUCCGGAUCAUUGUGAGCAAAAGGAAGAUCCUAACGAAAAAGAUAACACAAAUCUAAUUCUUCAGAAUCCUGGCUCUUUUUCCAAACUAAGCAAGCUUUUAGAAGUAGCUAAGGUGCCUCCUGAGUCAGAUGUAACGACCCCCAAACCAAAGAGCGGUGCAGAUGGGUGCGCACUGCCUCACCAGAACCGUGGGAGACACUCACCGGGCAGCAUGCAGCCAACGGUGACACAGAACAGCGUGGAAGGGACAGACUCGAAUCUGGUCAGUACCGGUUCAGGUGGUGCAGGCAAGGUCUACAGUCCUCUCCCCAGGGACCAGUUGUUACUGCCAAGAACACCUUGGGAGGACGCUUCCCUUACCCAAGCCGAUGCGCCAGCUGCUUCUUCACCAACUCCUCGGGCCCAGCCGCCCUCUAAGUCACCUGCAGCUCUUGAAGUAGCCAAACCAGUAGAUUAUCCUAGUCCAAAGCCUAUUCCAGAAGAAAUGCAGUUUGGCUGGUGGAGAAUUACUGACCCAGAGCAUUUAAAAGCUUUGCUCAAAGUGCUACAUCCCAGAGGCAUAAGAGAAAAGGCAUUACAAAAACAAAUUCAGAAACACCUGGAUUACAUCACUCAAGCCUGCAUCGAGAAUAAAGAUGUUACCAUUAUUGAAUUAAAUGAAAAUGAAGAAAACCCGGUAACUCGAGAUAUUGUGGAGAAGUGGUCAGUAGAAGAACAAGCAAUGGAAGUGGAUUUGAGGAUUCUUCAACAGGUAGAAGAUCUGGAAAGGAGAGUCGCAUCAGCAAGUUUGCAAGUAAAGGAAAAUCUGCAAGAAUCUAGUCCUGAUUCUGUAGAAAGCCGAAUUACUCUACUAGCUCCUGGUUGGAUGUGUCCAGAACCGGCAUCAGAAAGGGAGGACUUGGUCUAUUUUGAACAUAAGUCAUUUUCUAACUUGUGCAAGGAGCACGAUGGAGAAUUUACUGACGCAGAAGAAAGCAGUGCACAUGCACUAGAGCGGAAGAGCGACAACCCCCUAGAUAUAGCUGUAAGCAGGCUGUCUGAGUUGGAGCGAAACAUUGAAAGGAGGUAUCUGAAGAGCCCCUUAAGUACCACCAUUCAGAUCAAACUGGAUAAUGUGGGCACAGUUACUGGCCCUGCUCCUGCACCAUCCACUAGUGGUGAUGAUGACGGAAUUGAAGAGGAUAUUGUUCCCGGUCUCAGGGUGUGGCGAUGGGCAUUAUCAGAAGCUCGCAGUGCUGCCCAGGUGGCUCUGUGCAUUCAGCAGUUACAGAAAUCCAUAGCAUGGGAAAAAUCCAUUAUGAAAGCUGCAAGUUCACUGAAAAGGGGCCGCAAAAACAGAAAAAGGAAAAUAGAGGAAAACACCUGCGGUACUGGAGUAAAACAAGAACGCUGUACUCGUGGAAAGAAACUGAAACAGGACAACUCUGACCCGACUCUUGGCAGCCUUACUAAAAUGCAAACUCGUCUCAAUAAAGACAUGAAAAAAAGAAAAAUAGAAGAAAACACCUUCACUAACUUACCAAACCAGGAAAGCUUUCAUUCUGUAAAGAAAAGGAAGCAAGACCACUCUGACCUGACUCUUUCCAGUCAUGAAGAUGCACGGCCUUUUGUAGAACUGCCGGAGUGCAGCACACGGAGUCGUCUGCGUUUCCGCCUCAGGGAUGGAAGACACGUUUUUAUUAAAAGUGCGUAAGCAGCUUUAUAAUAACAUGUCUGGUAUCUGCGGGUCUCAUCAACAAGAAAU